UUAACGUCACGUGGCACCAUUUUUAAAAUAAAUUUGACAAGUCGCAAGCUUGUCAAAUACAUUUCUUUCAAAAUUCACAGAUCAGUGAAAUUACCUUGAUUCCUGCUAAGACUAUUAUGGUGCGCACAAAGGCAGAUAGUAGUGGCAGAAAAGUUAUUGGAGCAAAGGCACCAAGGAAACAACUUGCUAAUCCAUCCAGCACCCCUGCAUCAAAAGAUAGAUAUGGUGCUGGAAAUCCUGUAAGGUGGACACCAACACCAUCAUGGCAAAAAGGUAUUGCCAGUUUCUUCUCAAAAUGCAGCACUCCAGAAGGUGAAAACUCCAAGAUUCCAAAGGUAAAGACUCGAGAUUCCAAUAGAAUGCAGUAAGGUUAUUUCGUCAUUGGAAGUUGAAAAAACCUCACCUAUAUGAAGCAAAUCAGUAAUCUUAAACAUGUAAUAUAGCUCGUUUUGUUUUGUUUUGUACUUAACAUACUUUAAUCUCACGACUCAGUAAUAUACUCAAUUACUAACAGUGACUCUCAAAAAUUAGUGAAUUUAUAUUACUUUUUGUUUUAGUUGUUUUAAGCAAAUUAUUAUUACUUUUGUUAUUAAAGUGAAUUUAUAUAUUUUAGUUAUGUUUUGUGCAUAAAUUUUCAAUACACUUUUCAUUAGUUUUGAAACAGAAA